UUCCUCCGUGGUUUAUCACUCACCCUUCAAAUCUCUAUGCCUAUGAAAGUAUGGACAUCGAGUUUGAAUGUGCUGUCUCCGGAAAACCAGCCCCUACAGUACAAUGGAUCAAGAAUGGAGAAGUUGUCAUUCCUAGUGAUUAUUUUCAGAUAGUGGGAGGCAGCAAUCUGCGGAUUCUGGGCUUAGUAAAAUCAGAUGAAGGCUUCUACCAGUGUGUAGCUGAAAACGAAGCUGGGAAUGCACAAACCAGUGCACAGCUAAUCAUCCCCGAACCUGCUAUCCCAAGUUCCAGGAUCCUUCCCUCUGCUCCCCGAGACGUGGUCCCUGUCUUGGUCUCCAGCCGAUUUGUCCGUCUCAGCUGGCGCCCACCUGCAGAGGCCAAAGGGAACAUUCAGACUUAUGCAGUCUAUUUUUCCAGAGACAGCAUCAAGAG